AUGUUGCCGUGCUCCGUGGCUCCCCGGCUGGAUAAGAACCUGCCUGUUUGGAUGCCUGUGGAGCCAGCCCGUGUGUGUGUGGGCGGUUCCUCCGCGGGACUGCCAGGAGAUGUUCCUUCUGCUGCAGCCUCAGGGUCCCGUGCGCCGGAGCCCCUUCCGGGUUCAGAGCCUGCUUGGCUACGCAACGAUGAAGAGUCGGUGCCUCAUGCUGCGACCGGUACAACCUCUGAGGAGCCCCGUCCUCCACCCGGCUUCCAGUCCGGUCGGGCUUUCCCUGCCUCGACACAUGUUCCGGGCAUGCCUGAGGCUGGGGUCCACCAUCGAGUUGCCUGCCAGGUCUAUGUGGUGUCUCCCUACUAUGACCCUCAGUUGCUCCAGCUCUAUUGGACGGUCCCCUGUGAGGCCAGAGACGCUGAGCGUUACGUUUCCAGGCACCUGCGGCACACCCACUUUCCGCAUGCAUCCAUGUUUGUGGCCUGCCAACCUCAGCCCAGCCGAGAGUUUGCGACCUUCCUUGCCAUUCCCGAGUGGACGACUUUCGCAGGACUGAGCGGGGUUGUGUUGGACCUACGUGCUGCUACGGUAGGUCAAGAAGGCCCCAUCAUUGGGUCCUUCUUGUCACGGCCCACCACUGCGGCUGAGAUUCGGCGGGAGGCCGGCCUAUACUCAAUGGGUCGUUGCCAUAUUAUGGUCGGCACCAGCAAGGACCCACUUCGGGAUGAUGAGCAGGUGUACCUAGAUAAUGGGUCCCUAGUCCGGUUGAUAAGGGUUGAGUACGAGGUUGCCGACCUGCCUUCCCUCGACCACACCCUGACUUCCGAGACAAUGGAUUGCUUUCAGGGGCCUCUCCCGGAGGUGCCGCCUUCACGUGUGCUGCAGUUGUUGCACAGCGCCGGCCGGUACUUUUUCAGUGGGCAAAGGGCCGCCGGCCAGCCGCUGCAUACAGCCAUUGUCGAGUUCGUGGGCGUUCCAGCUGGGUCUGUUACCUUCCACUCCCCAGGCGAAGGGUGCUGUGAGCGCUUGUGCUUCCGCGGGAUGCGCGUUCGAGACACUCUUGUCCUCGCGGACCGCUCGCCAGACGGUGCUGCCCCGCUGGUUGUCUUUCUUGAUCUGCGUCCGGUUGGGGGCGUGAUCCAGUUCCUAAGUCUACAGCAUCCGCGGAUAGACUAUGCGGAUCUGGAAGCUAUUCUUCCGCGACCUGCUCCGGCAGGUUGGCAGCUCACAGUGGAAGGCGGCAGGCGUUGCCGGGGCUACUUAGAAAUCUGGCAUCGGUGCACCCUCUUGUUCUGUUUUGCCGGAGUUCUGGAACCCUUGGGGGAGGAUGCACCGCCUUCAGAUCCCUCCGAUCAAUCCGACGGGCCGGGUCCUGAGGAAGACGGGGAGGAAGAGGACCAGACAGACGAUCACUCCCAGAGCAGUACCCAUUCACGCAGCCGUCCUCGACAUGCUCGAACGGUCGUGCCAGGUUCGCCCUCCUCGGAUCCCUCUUUUCAAGGAUCCUUCCCGCCUGCCGCUGGUCAUGGUACAGCGGCUUCUCCGCUCCUGUUAUCCCUCCCAAAAGGCUCUUUUCUUGGCCAGGUCAGGCUCCUUCCGGCACCAAGCCAUGAUGAGCGCUUGCAGGCUUUUGGCAGGGUAAUGCAUCAGAGCAAACUCCCACUCUCGAGCUGGGUGAGGAGGGGUGUUUUUCGGGAGUCUCUUGAAUUCCAGGGUGCCUCCUCUUUGACUCUCCAGGACGUGGUUCCGAGUGCCCCAUGGCUCGGGCCUGUUGACCUUCGAGCUCACUUGCUACUACCGCCAGUGGAGGAAUUGUCGCUUUUGUGCUCAAUGGUCGCCGUCUUGCCGACGGGUUGCAGCGCACCCUGGGAUAGGGUUCCCAAGCUGUUUUCUUAUGCAGGCUCGGUUGCAUGCCGCCUUCCGGACCUGCCUGCCGUUGGUGGAGAUUCGACUGCAGCCCCGCCGGGUCCUGCAUGGAUGACAACACCGCCUUUCAUUGGGGAACGCAAUCCUCCACAGCACCAUUUGCCCGCCUUUGAGCGGCCGGCCCCUGCCGCCGGCGAAGUCCUGAACGGUGAGCCGUUCCGCGCUACUGCUUUGAUUUUUGUUCCGGAGUACCCACCAGAAGUGGUCACUAUUACGGUUGAGCCUGGCUUGGACAUCACACAGGCGGUUGCGAGAUUUCAGCUUGCCCGUCAAGAUCUUCCGAUGGAGCGGUUUGACCGCCUACUUGCUGCCAGCCCUCAGCCUGUCACCCAGUACGCUUCUUUGGUUGCUUUUGCGGACUGGCAUGGGGGUCUCGUGGCCUUGUUUGACUGUCUCCGGUAUAACGGGACCCAGUAUGCAGCUCUGGUAUCCCCUGCCAUGACCAGGGAUGCCCUACUUGCGGUUGCCGGUAUCCGGCCAGAGCAGGAGGUCGAGGUGUAUGUUGCCGACUACCCGUUGCCUCUCGGUUCGGAUGAUGUCAUUGAGAUGCACGCCGGCUACACCGUCAACUUCGUUUCGCAGGGACACCCUCCCUUCGCGGUUGCAUACCUUGCUGACAUGCUUCUGUCCCCUGCCGGGUGGGCAGCUGAAGUUGAACUGCCCGUCCAGGAGCAGCGCUGGUUCUAUGUUGUCAGUGACGACGCACCUAUCUUUCAUCCCGUUAUGUCAGAGCGACGCCAUCUGCUUCGGGCUGAUUUGGCUGAUCGCUUGCAUUACGACCUGGCUGCCCUGCAAAUUAUCCCGGCCGUUCCCCGCAUGCGAGAUUUUUCUGACUAUGGGGCCCCCGUGCAACAUGUGCUCAUUGCGACGCAGUUUCCCUUGACCGAUCCCGUAACUCGGGCUCCUCGUGGGGUGUUCCUGCUUGACCUACGACCACUACAUGCUGGGCUUACCUGGGAGUUUUGCACGGGGUUCUCCAUUAGGGCGCAGACCUUGGUGGACCGGUUCUCCCGCCCUUGUCCAGCCAGCCACUAUGUCUCCAUCAGUGGGGCACGGCCUCGACAUGAGGAUGAUGGCUUGUACUUUGAUUUCGAGCAGGGUCAGGUCUUGACAGUUGACUAUCGUGUCCUUCCGGACAGUAGUGUCACUGGGUCGGAUGAAUCGAGUGAUGAUGACGGGGACUCGUCGGCCCCUGGCGACCCCUCGAUGCCGGACAGGGACGGCCCUGAUCCUGGCUCCGAUGAUGGCUCCGAUGUUGCAGCGACCUCCCUGGGAGAGGCGGCUGGGACUUCUGGUGAUCGGAGUGUGCACAAGGGCCGCACUGUCGCACCCGUGCGCUUCUUCUCUGGUCCUGUUUUCGGCCUUGGGGUCACCUGUCUUGCCGCCCAACCGAUUUCCUUGGAGACGUCGGUACCUGUGUCAGACUUCCAACAGCUUGCCUUGGAACUUCAGACUCUCGUUCCGGUGCCGGGCGACGUCGAGGAUCCGGCCGCCCUUGUGGACUGGUUGGAUGGCGAUCUGCGUGCCGUGCAGCAGGACGGACAAGUCCCUGCAGCCAAGCGUGCUCUUUUCCGGGGCAUUCCCAAAUGGCAUGACUGCUCUGGCGGACUGGUCCCGUCACGGAUCAUUGUCUACACAGAUGGAUCCACCACCCCGGUACAGCCAGGCGCCUGGGCCGUAUCAGUAUGGGUUGAGGCCUUGCCUGGUGCCCAGGAGUACCUGUUAGGCUGUGCCGCUGAUGUCCUUGUCCCUCCGGACCACCCGCAUUUUGUUGGCGCUGCUCUGGAUAUCCCUUUGACUUGCGAGCAGGCUGCCAUUGCCUGGGGACUUUGCUGGGUGAUCCAGUUCGGGACGGGGCUCCAUCUCCCCGUCAUCCUUCGUUAUGAUUGCCAAACAGCUGGACACGGCGCUUUCGGUACUGCCAAAGCCCCGAGAGAGCCCGGGGCCGCCCAGCCGUCCGAACUUUCUCUGUUUCUGUGCCACCUGCGACAGCUCGCGGCUUCCAGAGUUGCCAUCUCCCAUGAACACGUUCGGGCCCACUCGGGUCAUGUCGCCAAUGAGCUGUGUGAUGAACUAUCCAAGUUGGCCCGACGCUGCCAUGGUGCUCGGUGUGGACACCUGCUCCCUUGUUGGCCAGGCAGCCUCUUCCGACAUGGGUUGCGGGCAUGGGCCUGGCUUUCGCAUUUGUCCCCGGCUGAUCUUCCCACUUUGUUUGCAUUUGAGUCAGAAGCUGCCCGGGUGCAAGCAGUGCGGACCCGUGGGGACGCACGCCCUACCAUGGGGGCCCGAGCUGGUUCGCGUGAGACCGCCACAGUGAUCUUGUGCCUUCACGUUGCAACCUUCAACGUCCUGUCACUCCUGGAUCCCGCAUCUGCCAAUGCCGCCACGACUGCAGCCUGUGGCCAGGGUAUGCGUGUCGUGGCCAAGAGGGAGCUCCUCAAGCGCCAGUUUCAGUCAGCUGACCUCCUCUUGGCAGGCCUACAGGAGACCAGGCUCCGUGAAGAGGCCACGCUUCCAGAUGGAGAUUUUAUCAUGCUGUGCGCCCCUGCCGAUGACCGGGGACAUUUCGGGGUUUCGUUAUGGGCCAGCAAACACGUCCCGUACGCCUCCCAGGGUGCACAGAAGCUCCGCCUACAGCCUCGACAUUUCACUGUCACUGCGUGUGAGCCCCGUAUGUUGGUGGUACAGGUAUGUGCGCCGUACCUUUGUCUUACCAUUGUCGUGGCGCACGCCCCCUCAGAACCUCCGGCUGCUGCAGGGUCGGCCGAGCGCUUCUGGAAACGCUGCAGUCGCUUUGUCCAGCGGCGCCCUCGGCACUCCGAGAUCCUUGUCCUUUGUGACGCCAAUGCCCGGGUCGGUGAGCACACGUCCGAUGCCAUUGGUGGUCUUGACCCUGAGACUGAAAAUCCCUCUGGGCAGGCAUGGCAUUCCUUUCUGGCACGUGAGCAGCUAUGGGUCCCGGCCACUUUUACUGAGUGCCACGCUGGGCCUAGCUGCACUUGGUGGGCCCCUGGAGGCCAGGGCCAUCGUCUGGACUACGUUGCGGUCCCAGUCAGCUGGCCAACUGGUUCGAUACGGUCCAAAGUGUGGCAGGAUUUUGAAGUCAUGCAGCUUCGUGACGACCAUGCUCCCGCCACUCUUUCUGCUUCCUUCUCGCGUGGCCCCAAGGGCGAGGGGAACCUGCAGUUCACACGACAGGCCAUUCGACCUACUCCUCACUCUGCCUCCCCCGGCUAUGCAGCUGACCUGGUAAGCCUUACCCGUCUCCCUGCUGCUGCGUGGGGUGUUGAUGUUGACACCCACUUUGCGGGUGUAGCCAAGGCCUGGGGGACCCUCGGCGCGGCCAUGUGUCCUCCUGCCCCGGCCCGGGCGUGCCAGACCUACUUGUCAGUAGGGACUUUGCAACUGGUGGCCUGGCGAAGAGAUUGGCGCCGCCAUUUGCGGGCUGUGAGGGACCGUUGCGAGGACCGGCGUCGUGCUCUGUGUUUCGUCGUUUGGCAGCUCUUUUGUUCUCGGGUGCACCUGCUCCCCUCUCAGUCCGAUGGUUUGCUGCAAUGGUCCCGUCAGUUCUUACCGUGGCUGGGACGGGCUGCCAUGAUGGUGUUCAGGACAAGCAAGCUCCUGCGUAGGGCGUCCAAGUCGGAUCGCGUCGUCUACCUUGACGGCCUGGUUCGUGCUGUGUCCCUGGCUGACUUGAAGGACCCGAAACAGCUUUUUCGCCGGGUUAGGGCGGCUUUCCCCCAGGCUCGGGCAUCCAGGCGUCCUUCCUUUGUCCCCCUGCCUGCUGUCUUGGAUGCAGACGGACAGCCUGCGGCCAGUCCCGAGGCCCGACUUGAAUGCUGGCGUCGGCAUUUUGCCGCUCAAGAGGCUGGUGAGCUGUGUGCCCCUGAUGACUACCCAGGUCUCCUGCGUGCCCAAAAGGCUCAGGCACCCGUUUGUGCGCCGGUCUUUGACCUUGCUUGUGUGCCGACCCUUACCGCGGUCGAACAGACUCUUGCAGGCCUUCCGUACGGAAAAGCGUCUGGCUAUGACGGCAUGACGGGUGAACUUCUGCGCCUGGAUGUCCCGGCUUCUGCGCGCGUGUUGGUGCCCAUGUUUGCCAAAGCUUCGAUGGGCCUGUAUGAGCCCGUCGAAUGGCGCGGUGGCGCCCUCGUGCCAUUAGCGAAGCGUGCGGCCGCCGCAUUGUCUUGUGACCGCUUCAGAAGCAUACUGGUCUCCAGCAUUCCUGGCAAGGUGUAUCACCGUCAGCUACGUACGCUCCUGAUGCCGGCACUGGAGUCGGUCCGUGGGGAUACUCAAGCCGGGGCUGUGCCUGGGCUCUCCACUGAGUCUAUAGCCAUGGUGGCCAGGGGCUUUAGAGAUGUUAUGGUGGCACGCCAACGAGCAUGGGCUUUGGUGUUUUUCGAUGUACGCGCAGCGUACUACCGCGUCAUCAGGCAACUGUUGGCCCAGGUAGGUGACACCGAAACAGCACUGCGCCGCCUCUUCCACGAGAUGGGGGUGCCCCCGUCGGCCCUUGGAGAGUUGCGAGAUGGUCUUGAACGCCUCGGUGCCCUGUCGUCGGCCGGAGCGUCGGAUCAUCUUUGCGAAGUCCUGUCGGACGCGAUGCAGGGUACAUGGUUUCGGCUCGACUUUGGUUCCACCCUUACGGUCACACAUCGAGGGGUGCGGCCAGGCGAUUGCCUGGCCGACGUGCUGUUUGGCUUCACCCUGAGUGCCUAUCUUACUGCCACCGAAAGGGCUCUUGAGUCGGCCGGACUCUCUGAGCCUAUGCCCACUUCCGCUGGGCCUCCCCCCUGGCCGGAUGCCGUGGCCCCCCAUCGUCUGGAGUGCGGGUCCUGGGCGGACGACUUCGUCCGGAUGACCAGUCAGUUGUGCCGCCGGACUCUUUCUAUGAGGGUUACCAAGGUUGUCUCUGUCUUCGUUGCACAAGCCGAGGCUCUUGGGAUCGAGCUCACGUUUGCGGCCGACAAGACAGCUGCAGUGAUGUCGGAUGUGGAGGAACAGUCCCCUCCGGUGUUGUCUGACCAGGAUGGCCGUUUCCUUGUGGUCACCAGCCCUGCCUCCGGUGCUGAGCACCGACUGCCCAUAGUUGAUGCAUACAAGCACCUCGGAGGUAUUGCCACGGUGUCAGGGACUCCUGUCCCAGAGAUUGGACUUCGCCAUUCUCUUGCGUUGAAUGUGGUGCGCCCACUACGGGCCAGACUUUUCUCUGAGGUGGGCAUCCCUUUCAACACACGUCGACACCUCCUUAAGUCUUUGGCCAUGUCGCGCUACACCUUUGGCAGUGCUGCUUUGUCCCUUUUGUCUGGUAUCCACAAGCGCUUGUGGGCCAAACACUACGUGGCUCUUUGGCGAAGCCUCUGGCGGCGUCGAAAGGGCGAGGCCUUCCGACAUUGCUAUGCCGUCUUGGGACCUGCCAGAGCUCCUCCGCCUCCACUCGCUCUAGCUUUGGCCCGGGCUGUGCUCUUGCGACAGAUCACCAGUCGUGGUCCAUCCACCCUCCUUCAUCUGCUCACUGUGCAUUGGCAUGAAAGUCCACGCAAGGCAUGGUUGAGCCAGGUUCACGGAGACAUUGUGCAUGUUGCCCAGUAUGGCCGGGCUGCUGAGGCUCUUACAGGCACGCGUGUUCCGGUCGCCUCCCUUUUGGAAGCCAUCUAUGAUGAUCCAGGAUGGUGGGUCCGCCAGGUCAAAGCGGCCUGUCGUCAGGCACAGGAGGACCUUGAUGCUUGGAAUUCUCAUGUAUGCCCCGUCUCCGAGCGAGCCUCGCCCGUUGAGCUGGGGCUUGCUGGGACCCCCGAGGUCCCCUACACAUGCCUUUGGUGUGGGGCUGCCUUCCGACUCCGGAAACACUUGUGUGUCCACCUUGCGCGGACCCACCGGGUUUUCUCCCCUGCAAGACACUUGGCCCACGGUAGCACCUGCGUCAGUUGCCUCAAGUGUUUUCGCACAGUUGCCCGGCACCAGCAGCACUUGCGGACAACGUCCAGUUGCAUGCUCAGGACUUGUCUCCUCGUUCCGUGUUUGACUGUGGAAGAGAUGCAACUGGAGGAAGGCUCCGCUACCAAGCAGGCGCGCGGCCUCAGGGCCGGGGUGUGGACUUCUUACCAAGCCACCUUGCCUUCGAUCCAAGCGCACGGCCCCCACGCUCUUCCUGCCAGUGAGCGAUUGGACUUGCUCGGCGAGGAUGCGGACCUCGGCCUCAUGUCGCGACUUUUCUAUCCGGAUCCCCACUUCCUCUCCUGGGUCGAGCUUUUCCUGGACAGCCGAUCGACGGAGGGGCCCAGAAGCGGCACAUCCUCUUUUUGGGAUCGUCGUCCGGCCCGACAGCCGCUUAGUUUCACCUGA